AUGGCCCUCUCGCGGGAGAACGCCGGCUUCUGCGCGUCGACGUGUGGCACCCACAUGGUGGGUGUCGGCGACAGGCGCGGGGCGUUCUUUCGUUCGCCGCCGCGAGAUCCUUUUCUCUCGUCUACCUUUCCGGUCCAGGGGCUCAAGACCAAGAGUGGAGGCAGCUUCGGACUGCUCAGGGAAGAACUCGAGGUCACAAAGGGUAGACUGUUAAUGAAGGAGGAAAUGUGCGGCCAGCUGAUUCAAGAGAACCAGCAACUCCUGAAGUCCCUGCAGACGCUGCGGAGAGAAGACACGAACCACAUCCACCAAGUCAAAAGCGAAGCCGCCAGCGUGGUCCAAAAGCUGCUGGAGGAGGAACAGCUGCUCAGAGAGGCAAACGCGGCGAUGCAAGACAAGAUUCUGAGCUCUAGCGAAACGCUGAAGCAAAAGCAGGCGCAGCUGACAGCAACACAGACGAGCCUUGGCAAGGCUCAGGACCAGCUAGAAGUGCUGAAGCGAUUCGCCGAGGCUCUGCAAGACCAGCAGGCAGCCCUCGAGGAAGAACGAAAUCAGUUGAGAGCCUCGUACUUGGACAUGAAGAAGGCCGUGCAAGCAUUCGCGCGAGACAUCGCCGCGUGCGAGUUCAUCAUUGACGGGCACUGCGACUACGACGCUCUGGUGAGGACCGUCGGAGACGGCAUUCGACGGCUGGAGGUGGAUGUCCUCGCUCUAGAUGCCCAACUGUUCAAGAAAGGACUGCUGGCCGAAGUUCCCGCUGACCUUCUCCUCGAGCCUAUAAACGACCGCAUGGUCCCGACGACGGAGGUGGAGAAGGCGCAGAGGGGUCGCCGUCUGUGGCAGAACAAACACGAGAAAGUGGAGCGCAGGCUCGCGCAGCAAGAGGCAGAAAUCCGGAAACUGAAGAGCGAUGUGGAUGACAGAAAUCGACGGAUCGUUCAGCUGAGGCUCCUCCUUGGCACACGAAAAGCGAAAGAAGAAGACCAGAGGAACCUCGGAGACAAGUACCGCGAGUUGCUGGAGCGGAUUGGAAAGGUGGAGAAGGAAAGAGAUGAGUUGCGGAAGUGGAAGGCGAACCACAUCUUUUAUCAGCGCCAUGUCGCGUCGUCUGCUUCGCCAGCGCAUGCAGCGGCACAGGGGCCCGCGAAGAAGGCUGGUGGUGCGGUCGGACGCGGGUCUUUCUCGCCUUCUCCGCGUCACCUCUCCGUGACUCGAAAGGCCUUCGCGGAGGGAGAGAGGCUGGUGCCUCUCCCGCCUUCGCGACGCAGCACGGGAGCGCUCUCUGUGCCCGACCCCGCUCGUGGGCGGCCGUCCCUGAGUCGGCCUGCACCAGAACCAGGAAGGAGCGCGCACGCGCGACCACCCACAUCUGCGCUCGGGUCAGGUGGGCGGCUGGCCGUCUCGCCUUCCGGGUUCCGUUCUUCGCUCCUGAGUGAAGGUCGCGCGAGUGCGCCGCGUCUUGCAAGGACGGUUCCGACUCCCCAGGCGACGCCCCGCACCUCGGCAGCGGCGCGCCUCGCCGCGUCUCCGGAGCGGACACGGGAGCUGUCGCGGGCGUUGAGCUCGGUGAGCGACGCAGGCCCCGAGUCCGCGACGGUCUUCCUCGGAGGCACCGGCAGCCCGAGCGCCGCGAGGGAGGUCGGCAAGAAGGCGAGGGAAGGCGAGAGAGAGAGCGCGCUCUCGGGUGUGCUGCCGGAUUCGGCGGUGGUCGCGCGCCCAGCCGCCGACGAACUCGAUAAGAAGCCGCGACGCGAGACGGAGACGCCGCCGGUCGUCGAAGUCCAGAGCACCUCUCGAGACGCUGGGCACGUUCUCGAAGGGCCGUUGAAGGCCAGACCGCGUUCCCACCUUUUCGGCGAGGCGGCCGAAGCGCGAGAACUCCGCGAGGGCGAGGGGGGAGAGGCGCGCAAACAGGCUCCCCAACGCCAGGGAGUGUACGACUUUCUCGAGCGCACGCCGGUCUCGCUCCUGCCUCUCGGCCCGAGGUUGAGUCACCGCAGCCAUCGCGGAAGCAGGCGCUCGGAAGGAUCGAAGACGAAGGGCGGGCGAGCGAAGCCGCUCGUCACAUCUUUGUCUUCUCUGAGCAAGAAGCGGUAUUCCUUCGCCGCCCCGAGCCGAACUGUGUCGAGCCUCCUAGGAAAGACGCGCACAGUCUCGAGUCCAGCCUUCCAGGCGACCUCGUCCAGAAGUUGGGUGAAGGACCGCAACGCGGAAGAGGAACAGGACUGGACCGGUGGAGCCAGGCGCCGUCCGAAAAGUCCGGAGGAAUCGCCUGGGGCGGCGGACCGGAGUCGGGGGAGUGUGGCGCCUCCGCUGGGCGCGCAGGCCUUCUUCGGCGUCCCAGAGCCCCGCGAGGGAGACCGCGGAGACCGAGAAGGCAGACUGCGGUCGGCGCAACGAGGCUCUCCCGAGAAAGGCCGCGCUCUCGGCCGUCACUUGGGUCCCGUCCAGAGGUCGGCUGUCCAGAGAACGUCGCAGUUGGUGGGCGCGGAGGCAGUCUCCGUUCUCUCGACCGUCGGGAGACGCCUGGAGACAGAUGACCGAGUCCUUUCCGGGAAGAGCGACGUCAGGCUGCCGCGCGCCGCGGGGCGGACCUCCGCCGACCUGCAAAGUUCCGGUCUUGCCCGCGAAGCUCCCGACGACGGACCUGGCUGGCCUCGCGCAGCCUCCCGCGUGACGCGGCGAACGUUGGAACUGAUUGCCGGCCGAGUUCCCAGAACGGAGGCUGUCGCCUCGCGCCUUGCCGACCGCCGCGGGCCCGAUCAGCGCGAACAGGAAAUCCUCAGACACUACGAGAGUCUGCCGAGCUCUUCUGGGCGCCUCGAGGAAGGUCUGGGAGGCGGCGCGGUGUUUCACAGCCUCGAAGGCAUUGUGGAGCGCCGCGCAGAGGCCGAGACGCCUCCGGAGAGAAGCGACGUGCCGCCGCGGCUGCAUGCACAGACCCGAGAGGGUGUCUCCGAAGGCGAGCAUCAUGGCGACGCAGGGACGCGAGUGGCGGCGCUCCGGGGAAGCGUGAGUCGAGAAGCCGGGACGAAAACGAACGGCGAAGUGGAGACGUUUACAGUUCGAGAGAUCGAGGCAGAAGAAACGGGUGGGUUCGACGAGCGCGUGCAACGCGGCUCUGGAGAAAAGAGCUCCCACAUGCCUUCCUCAUUCUCUUCGCCGACGUCGACCGACAUCAUCCGCGCCUUGGAGUUGAGUGAGGCCGAUCGACGCCGGCAGGAACUGCCUACGCGGGAGACCCGAGGGAGUUUGACGGAGCAGGGACAACGGCCACUCGCCUCUGCGUUCGCGACUGCGGGGAGGGGCGCAGCUUCGCCGGCUGCCUGGCCCCCCAGCGGUGUCCCGGAGAAGGCGGAGAAGGAGGAAGGCGGCUAUCUGGAGACUUCUUCCUCUUCUGCGUCUUCGGCGCCGUCGUCUGUCCCACUCGUUCGCGCCAAAACGCUCGUUCCGAAGGCGAGGCCGAAGACGCUGCGAGCACGACCGGAGAAGGCGAGGAGCGGCGAGAAAACGCCGGGGAGUGAAGACGCGUCCUCAGGUUCUUCGGUUCCAGGAGACCCCGGCGCAGCCACGCGGGACGAGACGGGAGAGACGCUGGAGACUCUGCGGCAAGACCGCUUGGCGGAAGACUCUCGGACCAGCCUGGGUGAGGGGGGAGGGAGUAGGGCGGCGGCGGGGUCGGGUCAACGGGGCCAUCUCGUGUCCGAGUCAAAGUCCGGCGUGCAGUUGAGAAUCAUUCAGGCGUCGGCCGCGACGCUGACGACAAAAGAGGACGAGAAACCGAGCGACAAGGUGCGUGGCACGGACAGCCCGAGCGGGUCCGUUUCGAAGGAAGAGUGA